GGGGUGGGGGGUAGAUCAGGACCCCCUUACUCAGCAGGUGCUGGAGAAGGGGCGGGCGCCGGCGCCGUCGGAUGAGAUAAAGCGGCGAAAGUGGAGCAGCCGCCGGCGGAGCGAGGGACGGAGCAGCCCAGCGCCGGCCGCACGCCAGCAGCCACGGGGAGCGGGGCGCGGGGCUCGCUCCGCACGCCAGGCACCGCCGCGGGGUGCCCGGGGGGUUGAGGGGGGACAGCUCGGCUCGCAGCCCACCCUACCUCGACAGCUGCCCCCAUGCUGGAUCACCGAGCCAGGAUGGAGAGCGGCAGGAAGGAGAAGGUGGAGCGGAUCCUGUCGGAGUUCCGUCUGAAGGAGGAGGACCUGAAGAAGGUGAUGUACAGGAUGCAGAAGGAGAUGGACAGAGGGCUCAAGCUGGAGACACACGAGGAAGCCUCUGUCAAAAUGCUGCCCACCUACGUCCGCUCCACACCCGAGGGCUCAGAGGUUGGAGAUUUCCUGUCCCUGGACCUCGGUGGCACCAACUUCCGCGUGAUGCUGGUGAAGGUGGGCGAGGGGGAGGAAGGGCAGUGGAAGGUGAAGACGAAGCACCAGAUGUACUCCAUCCCAGAAGAUGCCAUGACUGGGACGGCAGAGAUGCUCUUCGACUACAUCUCCGAGUGCAUCUCUGACUUCCUGGACAAGCAUCAGAUGAAGCACAAAAAGCUGCCCCUGGGCUUCACCUUCUCCUUCCCCGUGCGGCACGAAGACAUCGACAAGGGCAUCCUCCUGAAUUGGACCAAGGGCUUCAAAGCCUCCGGGGCGGAAGGGAACAAUGUGGUAGGGCUCCUGCGAGACGCCAUCAAACGGCGAGGGGACUUCGAGAUGGACGUGGUGGCGAUGGUGAACGAUACGGUGGCCACGAUGAUCUCCUGCUACUAUGAAGAUCACCGGUGCGAGGUUGGGAUGAUUGUGGGGACCGGCUGCAACGCCUGCUACAUGGAGGAGAUGCAGAACGUGGAGCUGGUGGAGGGGGACGAGGGCAGGAUGUGCGUUAACACCGAGUGGGGAGCGUUCGGUGCCUCGGGGGAGCUGGACGAGUUCCUGCUGGAGUACGACCGCGUGGUGGACGAGACCUCACUUAACCCCGGUCAGCAACUCUACGAGAAGAUCAUCGGGGGGAAGUACAUGGGGGAGAUCGUGCGGCUGGUGCUGCUCAAGCUGGUGGACGAGAACCUGCUCUUCAACGGGGAGGCCUCCGAGAAGCUCAAGACCCGCGGGACCUUCGAGACUCGCUUCGUGUCCCAGAUCGAGAGCGACUCCGACGACCGCAAGCAGAUCUACAACAUCCUGACAGCCUUCGAGCUGCUGCCCUCGGGGACAGACUGCGACAUCGUGCGCAUGGUCUGCGAGAGCGUCUCCACCCGCGCCGCCCAGAUGUGCUCAGCUGGCCUGGCAGGGGUCAUCAACCGCAUGCGGGAGAGCCGCAGCCAGGAGACGCUCAAGAUCACCGUGGGAGUCGACGGCUCCGUCUACAAGCUCCAUCCCAGCUUCAAGGAUCGCUUCCACGCCACGGUGCGGCAGCUGACCCCCGGCUGCGACAUCACCUUCAUCCAGUCGGAGGAAGGCAGCGGCCGCGGCGCUGCCCUCAUCUCGGCCGUGGCCUGCAAGAUGGCCUGCAUGUGAGGAAGGCCAGGGCAGAGAGCAAGGACUCGGGGGGGGAUGGGGAGAUGAGGAUGGCGGCGGGGGGUGGGCGCUGGGUGAUUCCCCAACCCUCACUCCUCCGCAGCUCCGCACGGACGCGGGCGGCGGCUCCCGGCGCGGCAAUAAACGGAGGCUGUGCGGGCGGCCGCGGGAGA